GAGCGACGUUCAAACCGAACGCACGUCUUGUACCGGCGCUCGUAAGGGUGUGGAGUAGAAAGAUCAACUCAAACUCACCCUCGGAAGAAGUGUGAGAGUGCACCUGUGUGUGUGUGUGUGUGUGCGUGUGGUCCCUGCCCAAGACACCUGCACGGAUGUCAAGCAGGAAGUGAGUGUGAAGCCUCAAUAGUUCAGCGUCCCGAUUAGCACAAUUACGCGUAGUGUAGUGAAGAAGAUCGUGAUCAUCGGGUUCAUACCACAGUGCUUAGUGUGAUACAAUUUUACACACGAAAGAUUUCAACGUCGUGUUAAGCGACGAACCGUCGUUCAGCAACCGAAAAUUCCACACACUUUGGCCCAUAUUCUUUCCCUCGCCGACACGGAGAGGAAACCGGUUAGCGGGAGAAACUUCUCAUCCUCCUGUCCCGUGAUCGGGCUGAGUCACACGCUGCACGGUACAGCAGCACGGCGAUUUUCGCUUCAUCUUCUCUCCCUUCUUGAGUGUUCCUGUCUUUCGAUUUGGUUAUUCAACGCCGGGCCAAACGGCUGUGCUGGUGACGAGCAGCGAAAGGCGAAAGGCGAAACAAAACGGUCACGCCGCCGCCGCCGGUUUGCUGACCGCUGUAGACCGAUCGGUACGGGCCGCCGAGCGAUCUUUUUGCACAGAGCAGUGGAAGUGAGUCAACGAUCUUUCUAAGGGCAGCUCCGGGCUAGCGAAAACCAAACCGUGAGGAAAUCUGUAACGUCCGUGUGUACAUCCUGCAGACGACGCGCGUUGAGUGAAGUGGAAUUGUUUAAAGAAGAAGAAGAAGCAGCAAACAACCCUAUGCAUAAGCUUGUGAAAUGAAAAAUAACCUCUUAUAGCACAAACAAGUGAUCUACCUCUCAACACAGUAGUGGUGCAAUUUUUACGAUCUCGUAGGGUUUCAUUCGUGUGUAUGUGUUUGUGUGUGCAAUUUUUGCGGUUGAAUCAAGAGCGGUUGAUAAGGGAGGCGUGUGAUCAAGGUGAAGCAACCUCGAUUGGGGUGAGUUGAGUGGCCACUGUUAGCCUAGAAGCUGCGGGUGAGUGGCACAGAAAUUCAUCAAAAAAAACCCCAAUCAGCUCCAGACCCGCAGAAUGACAAAGCAGCAGGUGUACAAUCGUACGGUUCGGGCAGUGUGAAGCAUUUCAAUCAUACAAGUGAGGUAACCUUUCGAAGAGCUAAAAAAAGUCAAGGAAACACUGUAGCAUAAAAAAAACAGCUCAAAGCACUGCUUUCAACUGAGCCUAACCAGUUCCGGAAGGCGUGUGCGAUUGAAUGGUGGUGUAGACCAAGACCGAGCCAUCCACAUUCACCAGACGACGAUUCCUCUAAACCGGUACUGGCUGGUUCGCUGGCAGCGCGAGCAGGAGCCGAACAAACCAUGGCGGUGCAUUCGUGCACUAGAAUGAUGCACCCGAGGGUGAAACUGGUUUCGCUGCUGGUGCUGGUGCUGCUGCAGCAUUGCGCCCGGGCGCAGAUCAUCAACCGGACGCCGCACUUUAUCCCGGGCAGCGGAGACAUGGCCCGGUUCAGUCUGCUGGAAAACACACCGGUCGGCAGUGUGGUGUACCAGCUGCGAGGUGUUGACCCCGAGGGCAGUAAGCUACGGUUCAGUAUCUCCGGACCGGUGUUUAGCGUCGAUCGCGACAGUGGCGUGGUGCGGUUGCGCCAAUCGCUCGACCGCGAACAGCAGGACACGGUGGAAGUCAUCAUCAGUCUUACCGAUGAGGGAGUUCUAGGCACGGAACCAAACACCGUCUCGUUGCGGCGGGAGAUCCCGAUCCGCGACUACAACGACAAUCCUCCUGUCUUUGUCGGCCGCCCGUACAGUGCAACGAUUAGUGAAGCGACGAAACCGGGCAGCAAUGUCACGGUGACGCCCGAUAUCGUUGCCACCGAUCAGGACGAAGGGGCGAACGCGGAGCUAACGUUCAGCUGCUAUCAGGACCCGGCCAAGGGUGCGGACGAUAUCUGCGAUGUGUUCACCGUGCACACGGAAAAGAUCGCGCAGGGGAAGUUCGGAGCGUGGAUAGAGCUGCGACAGCCACUCGAUUUUGAAACACGACCCUCCUACAUCCUCACCAUCCAGGCGCGGGAUGGUUCACCAACCAACUCGCUCCGUGCGGUUGCGUCCGUCGCGAUCACCAUCCUGGAUGUGCAGGAUCAGCCGCCGAUCUUUAUCAACGCCCCGUACUCGGCCACCAUACCGGAGAACACGAUCGAGGGUACGCGCGUGCUAACAAUCAACGCAACCGACGGUGACACUGGUAGCCCGAACCCGCUCAUGUUGAUGCUGGAAAACGAACCGAUGGGACACUUCAAGCUUAACUACAUCGGUCAUCCACGGUCCGGUGUGGCUGAGCUGAUCACUACCGGUAAGCCGCUCGAUCGUGAAGAUCCCAUCAUCACGCAGAACGGUGGCGCUUACACGUUCUCCAUCCGGGCGACGGAGCUGAUCAACAACGAGCUGCCCGGUGACUCCACUACCUCGCAGAUUACGAUCGUGCUGACCGAUGUGGAUGAUCAUGUGCCCGAGUUUAGCCAGCCGGCGUACGAGGUAUCGAUUCCGGAAAAUCUCGAGCAAGACACACCCCUGCCCGGACUGGCGAUCGUUGUGACGGAUCGGGAUCUCGGUCCCAACAGCCACUACACGCUCGCGCUGCGUAACUUGCACAACUCGGAAGGAGUGUUUGCGGUUGUGCCAACGCAGGGCGAAGGUCGCACUCCGAUCGUGGUGAAGGUGCUGGAUUCAUCCCGCCUGGACUACGAUGUGCCGAGCGAGGAGGCGAAAACGUUCCGCUUCCAGCUGGUCGCAUCGGUCGAUGGGGAGGAAAAAUCGACCGCCAACGUGACGGUGCGGCUGCAGGACGCAAACGACAACUCGCCCACCUUCCCGCAGGCGAGCUACUCGCUGCAGGUGCGCGAAAACUCACCACAGGGCUUUAAGAUUGCGGACCUGAGUGCGACCGAUCACGAUGCCGGCAUGUUCGGUCAGCUGGCGUACGCGGUGAAGGGCUUCGGGGCGGAGUUUUUCCGCACGCACCCAACCGAGGGCGGGCUUUACGUGGAGCGGCAGCUGGAUUAUGAGGAGCAGAAGAGCUAUAGUUUGGCGCUGGUUGCGCGUGACGGUGGUGGGCGCGAGACGAACGCGAACGUCUUUAUCGAUGUGAUGGAUGAGAACGAUAACCAUCCAGCGUUUGAGGCGCUCGAGUAUACGCGCACGAUCCGCGAAGGUGCGACGGAAUUUGAGCCUCAGUUUUUCGUGCGCGCAGUCGAUGUGGAUGGACCUACGCAGGGUGGUGGACGCGUGUCGUAUGCGAUCGAAUCGGAGAACAGCAUCUCGGGGCACGUGUUUACGGUCGAUCGGGAUAGUGGAGAGAUUAAGAUCACACGACCGGUCAGUUCGAUGGAUACGGAUCGCGGGCAGUACGAGUUGCUGGUCGUUGCCACCGAUCAUGGUGUGCCUCCACUGAAGAAUGAUACGCGUGUGCUGGUGCGUGUAGGACUUUCCGGCAAUCAACGCCCGAUCUUCCGCGGGCAUGCAACGGCAGGGAAUCGGGACAUCCCUGGACCACCUUCGUACCGUGCGUCUAUUCCGGAGAAUGCUCCGGCAGGGUACAACGUUACCCAGGUCAGUGCUACCGAUCCGGAUGGGCUAGACGAGUUGUUGCGGUACAAGAUCGUCGGUGCCAGCGAUAACUUCGUAAUCAACGAUCUCACGGGCCUGAUAACAGUUACUCGCGAUGCUCGGCUAGACCGAGACACUAACCCGGAAAGUUACGCGAUCGUAGUGAACGCGAUCGAUGCCGGCUUUCCCAUUCCCGAGACUGCCACCACGACGGUGCACGUCAAGAUCCAAGACAUCAACGACAAGCCGCCCAAAUUCACCCAACAGUCCUACACUGCGUACGUGUCCGAGCGUAGUGCGAUCGAUUCGGAGGUCCUGCGUGUCACCGCGAAGGAUACGGAUUUGAGUGCCAGAAUUGAGUACGCCCUAGUGGAACCGAUCACGGCCGUCACCAAGGGUGGCAUCCCGCUGCUGACGACCUCAUCCUACGACUACCGGCAAGCCUUCCGUAUCGAUCGGGACGAUGGGACGAUCUUUGUUAACAGCACGCUCAACUACAACUACGCCGCAGUCAUCACGCUUACUGUGCGGGCCACCGAUACGGCAGCGGAGCUAUACCCCGAGCGGCAGUUCGAUCAAACGGAGGUAACGCUGUACGUGCAGUCGUUCAAGGACACGAACCCACUGUUCAGGAACAAAGGCUGGUCUACGGUGCGGCCCAAGAUCGAGGUGAAGGUAAAGGAGGAAGCUCCGGUUGGAGGUGUGGUGUUCCGGAUCGAGGCAGACGAUCCCGUCGCCGACGUACCGAUUACGGACUUUGAGCUCAUGAUGCCGGACGUUGAUGGGAUUUUCGGGCUGAACGAGCGUACGGGAGAAAUUAUGCUACUCCAGCGGCUGGACUACGAAACGUACAACAAAACGACGAUCGAUUUUGUGGUGAAAGCCAUCACCAGCAACCGGAAGCGCCACUCGCUCGCGUACGUUAACGUGACGGUAGAGAACGUGAACGAUAAUGCACCGGUGUUUGAGCGGGAUUCGUACCGCGUCACCGUUCUCGAGUCCGACCGGUAUCCGCACGUGGUAACUACGGUUAGGGCGACCGAUCAGGAUGUGGUGCGCACGGAGAAGGACACACUGCUCGGCUACAACGUUAUCCGGUACAGUCUGUUCGGGUCUCAUUCGAACCUCUUCACGAUCGACAAUCAGACGGGCGAGAUACGCAUUGCAUCUGGCCAGGUGCUGGAUCGCGAGAAGCAAUCGGUACUGAAGCUGAUCGUGGUAGCGGAAGAUGCACCAGGACGGCCGCAGGAUGCCAAGAAAGCGACCACCGAGGUAAUGGUGGACGUGCUGGACGUAAACGACAAUGCACCAAUCUUUGGACAGCGAUCGUACACGGCCGUAAUUCCUGAGAACGUGCUGGUGGAUACGUUCGUGAUCGCUAUUACGGCGCACGAUCCGGACGAGGGACUUGGUGGAGAGGUCCGAUACGAUAUCUUGAACGAAGGUGAAGCGAAUGGCCUGCUGCAAAUCAACCCCAAAACGGGAGAAAUCAAAACGAAAGCAAUGCUAACAGGUAAGGGACGAGCGGAACCGUACGAGCUGGUCAUCCGUGCCCAGGACAGUGGCGGUCAGCUUCCCAAGCAAAGCUCGCUGUACAACGACGUAUCCUUUACGCUGUACAUUGGAGAUAUUAGUGCGAACGAUGGCAUUCCCUUCUUCAUUGCACCGCAAGUCGGACAAACGGCCAACGUUACUGAGAAUGCAACGGUUGGUGCACCGGUCUUCCAGGUCAUCGCAAGUGAUCCGGACAGUCCGGCAACACCGAGCGGCACGCUACGCUAUCGCAUCCAAUCCGACAUCGAGGACGCGAAAUCGUUCAACAUCAACGCCAAGACGGGCCUGAUCACUACGACCCGGUCGUUGGAUCGGGAAAUCAAAUCGGCGUACAACAUCAUCAUCGAGGUGAGCGACAUGGGAGAACCUCCGCAAGCCUCCACCGUGGUGCUGCGCAUUAACGUGCUCGACAUCGAUGAUCACGAGCCACGGUUUGUGCGCGAAGUUGAAGCGCAACCGUACGAGCUGGAGGUGCUGGAGGAACAGCCCGCCGGUACGAUUGUAGGUAACGUGUCCGCACUGGACGAAGAUGUGGGACCGAAUGGUGCGAUCAACUACAUCAUCAUAGACGGCAACGAGCUGGGCCUGUUCAACGUUACCCGCACGGAAGAUAACCAAGCGAUCAUACGCACCAAGAAACCACUCGAUCGGGAAACGCUGGAAUCGGUCCGGCUAACGAUCCGCUGCUUCAAGCUCAACACCGUACCGGAUCCGCUUGUGCACGAGAGUUACAAUCGGCACGAUAAAUCGCAACUGCAGCUACUGAUCCGGGUGCUAGACAUUGACGAUCAUGCUCCGCGGUUUGAGCGGGAAAACCAAACGAUCGGUAUCCGGCACAACGUUCCGAUCGAUACAACGAUCGCGAACGGACGUGCGUUCGACGAGGACCCAACGGCCCGGCCAAUCGUGUACUCGAUACAGAGCAUCAACUUUGUGCCCCAGUUCUACCGGCGGGACAAUCGGACGGAAGAGUACGGGGACGUGUUUAGCCUGAACCCGGACACGGCGGAGAUACGCACGACGCGCAGUAUGUCCAACUUUGUCGACGGCUACUUCCAGCUGAUGGUCCGGGCGGCCAACUCCGACGAGGCGGAGCGCAUCAGCGAAACGCAGAUGAAGAUAUUCGUCAUACGCGACAAAUCGUUGCUGCGGUUCGUGUUCUCGCGCCCACCGACGGAGGUGAGCGGCGUGCUGGACCGGUUCACGGUCGAGAUGCAGGAGCGGCUCGCGAACGCUAACCUCGAGCUGUCCGUGUUCGAUGCGCAGGUGCUAAGCCAGCCGGACCACAGUCUGGACUUCAGCUCGACCAGUUCCUGCUUCCAGCUGACGCGCCACGGUUCCGCGCUUACGCCGGUCGAGAUGAUGCGCAUCAUGGAUGAUGCCGAGAUGAAGGAAACGCUUGCGGAGGUGUACCACCGGUACUCGGUGCACAAGAUCGAUUCGUGUGCGGUGAGCAAGAAACCGCCGGCCACCGCACUGAUCGCGUCGUCCGGUACCUGGUUAGUCAUCCUGGCGGGAUUGAUAGGAUUUGCCGCCUUUGCCUCCACCAUGACGGCUUGCUGUCUGGCGAAACGGUACAAAAACCAGGUGCGAUCAACGAUCAACUCGCAGCGCAUCGUUGGUUCGGACAUCUACGGCAGUGCGACACCGGUACUCUACACCGAACCCAUCUACGGUGCACUGUAGCCACCAAAGGCCAAGGUGGCCAAUGUUUUAAAAGUCUGUACAAACAAGUCAUAAACUAGGCACUGGUUGUUUAACUUCACUCCACGCGCAAGCCAUUGCGCACACUACGCGAGCUCCCUUUCUGUGCUGCAAAGCACCAAACCAACCGGCACCGUACCGUUGGUCAACCGAGGGUCAAGAACAUGUUUACCGCCACAGCGGCAGCAGCAGCAGCAGCAGGGACAUCCGACAAAGCUGACACUUGCCAAUAGAGCAAGCUACUAUUAAGGAGAAUGGGGAAGGAACAUAUUUAUUGCUACUUUUAAGAGUGAACCUUUGUUAUUUGGCGUUUCGUAUACGCAAGAUGGAACGGGAUGAGGGAACUACGCGCUCUCAUGCAUCUGUGAACACUAUGUGCGCAGAACGGAAACGUGCCAAACUACGCAUCAACUUCCUCAGGCUCUGCUUGCUACGUGUUGUUUUUGUUAGGCAGCACACACCGCCGCUGCAGCUACUGCAAGCGCGAUCAAGUGUUCCGAAGGUUCCUGCGCAUGCCACCAUCGACGUAAUGUCCUUCGCGCGGUUCACGGCUUGAUAGGAACGUGCGUGUUAACUGCAUUUGAUGUUUUUUGUAAAUAAAGCACUAGGUAACGUUAAA